UGCUGCAUGACCUCAAAAAGGCAAACAGAGAGAGAAUGGCCUCAAAAAAGCAAACAGAGAGAGAUAGAGAGAGACAGAGAGAGAAGUGAGAACUUUUUUUCUGAAAAGGACGAUGAUGACUGCCGUGGCAACGAAACUGCUUUCCUUGCUUAUAGUGCUCUCCUCGGCUGCUGUUCGAGUACAGACCAAUUCGACCGACUGCUCCUCUUCUCAGUGGUCCUAUGAUGAGUUCUUGGAGAAGCUCAAGAUCUCAGACGAGUGUGUGAAAGCCCUCACUGCUCAAUGGACAGAAAACCAAACUGCAGCAAUCCUCAGCAACAUGAAUCGGCUGGUGGAUGUUUUGAAGAAAAAUGAAAAAUCAGGGUGUAAGGAUGCCACGCCUAAGGAAUGCCCAGUUCCAGCAGUUCAGAGUAAAGGAGGGAUACUGUGUGUGUCCGCCAAGGGGAAGCGUUACUGUAAACCCAUGUGCAAUGAGGGCUACGACUUUGGCUUCCUGAGGACUUCGAGGCUGUAUGAGGAAUGCAGUAACGCCACUCGGCACACAUGGACGACUCAGUACGUGGGCGGGAAGAAGCUGGCCGUGUGUAACAAGUCCAACAUUCAAAUCGCAGGCGUACCUUCAGCUUACUUCCCCGAGAACCAGGACUGCUGGGUGACGAAAAGUAACUCAAGACUCGAGGAAGAGAUCAUUCACACUUUUGAGAAUGAACUGAGCAAGAAAGACAUUAAAGGUCCUUACACACACACUUGUCUUUUGUGUGGAUAAAAAUGGCCUCUCUCUUGGGACCAAGGAUGAUGAAUCAACACUGUGUAUUGAGCUUACAAGUGGAAUACUUGUGUACAGAAUUCAUCAAUAAAACCGAAAACGUGCUGGAA